UUUUGCAACUCAUAAAAGGUAAAUGGAUCAAUUUAGGCAAAUUGGUGAAGUAGUUGGGAGUUUGAAGGCUCUUAUGGUGUUGAAAAAUGAUAUCCAAAUCAAUCAAAGGCAAUGUUGUUUUCUAUUUGAUAUGUUUGUUCAUUCUUUUGAUACAAUUUCUGAAGAAAUCAAACAUAAUUUAAGGUUAAAUGAGAGUAAUAUAAAGUGGAAAGCUCUUGAGCUGCCUAUGAAAGAGCUUCAUAGGAUCUUUAAAGAAGGCGAAUCCUACGUAAAAUAUUGUUUGGAUGUUAAAGAUUUGUGGGGGAAAGCCAUAAGUCUCCAUAUGAACAGAGAUUGUGUUGAGUUUCAUAUUCAUAACUUGCUGUGUUGCUUCCCUGUUGUUAUUGAAGCUAUUGAGGCUGCUGCAGAAAUCUCGGGGUUCGAUGAGGAGGAAAUGCAUCAGAGGAGAACCGCGUUAAUGAGGAAAUACGACAGGGAAUUGAUUGAUCCGAGGUUUUUCCAGUGGAUGUCUGGGAAGCAGUAUUUGGUAACUCGCGAAAUAUGUAGCCGGUUGGAGUGUUGUUGGAAAGAGGAUAGAUGGUUGCUUAUCGAUGUGAUAAGGCAAAAGAAAACAGAAACUUUGUUGAAGUAUGAACAAAGGCUUGGAGACUUAUUGUUAAGGAAAUUAGAUGGUGUUGAACCAAUUAACAAGAUAUUGUUGCCUAGUUCAAUCUUAGUCGGAUCAAACGAUUAUCAUGUAAAGAGACGUUUAGGGUCGUGGGGCGGACAUGUUAAGGAGAUACAGUGGUUAGGAGAGAGUUUUGCUCUGAGGAACUUUUUCGGAGAGGUUGAACCGUUACAUGAUGAGAUUUCUUUGGUGUUUUCUUUAUCCCAUUCCAACAUUCUGCAAUAUCACUGUGGUUUUUAUGAUGAAGAGAGGAAAGAAGGGUACCUUGUUAUGGAGCUGAUGAAUGAUACUCUUGCGACAUACAUAAAAGAUCAUUCUGGUCAGAGGAAGAGACCGCCUUUUUCAACGUCUGCUGCAGUUGAUAUUAUGCUUCAGAUUGCAAAAGGGAUGGAGUAUCUACAUUCGAGAAAGAUUUAUCACGGAGAAUUGAACCCGUCUCAUGUACUUCUUAGAGCAAGGAAUUCCUCAGCAGAGAGCUAUUUUCACGCGAAACUCAAAGGCUUCGGCUUAACUUCAAUCAAAAGUACUUAUAAGACUGCCAGCCACAAUGCAGCUGAUUCCGUUAUAUGGUUUGCCCCGGAAGUUCUUGCUGAACAAGAAAAACCAGGAAGCAAGUGUGCCUACAAGUACACAGAGAAAGCUGAUGUCUAUAGCUUCGGAAUGAUUUGUUUCCAAAUUUUGACAGGGAAAGUUCCGUUUGACGAAGGACAUUUGCAAGGGGAGAAAGUCGUGCGGAAUAUCAGAGCAGGGGAGAGGCCUCUCUUCCCAUAUCCUUCACCUAAAUACCUUGUGAACUUAACAAGAAGAUGUUGGCAUGCCAAUCCAAAUCUUCGUCCACGUUUCUCGUCUCUAUGCAGGAUUUUACGUUACAUCAAGAAGGUCCUUGUCAUAAAUCCAGAACAUGGCCAGCCUGAAACUGCCCCUCCACUUGUAGACUACUGUGAUAUUGAGGCUAGCUACUCGAAGAAGUUUGCUGAAGAGGAGAGCACGAGUUUGACCCCGGUAUCACAGAUUCCUUUUCAAAUGUUUGCUUACCGGCUCAUUGAGAAAGAGAAGAUUUUUGGAAAGAACUGGGAUCCAUCAAAUGAUGGUUUUUCAGUCCAUAGGAGAGCAUCAUUGCUGAGUGAUGACGGGCAAUUGUCUGCGAUGGAUGAUCUCUUUCUUGCACCGAGUGAUGGAAGGUCAGUUUGCUCUGAGAUAAUUGACAGGAAAGAUUCAAGAUUGUUUGAUCAGAGGUCAGCUAUCUCCGAGAUACCACAUAGAAGGCUUCUCUUAUUCGAUCAAACAUCAGUUGGUUCUGAGAGUCCGGAGAGGAGAUUCUCGUCUGUGGCAACAGCAGAUGAAACACUUUUCUUUGCUGAUAGUCCGGACAGGAAAGGAGCAGUAUCAUCACCAAUAGUUAAUAGGUCACCACGCAUUGACACACUAGAGAAAAAGAUCAUUUCAUCGAUUAGCAAGAACCAAAGACUCAAAUUUUUAGCCAACCAAGAGAAGGCAAUGUCUCCAAAAGCAGCUGAUGAAAAACCUUCAUCAAGCAUAGCUACUGCACAAAAUUUAGCAUCUCCACCGACUUCAGAGGAGAUGAAACCAGCUGAACAAAAUUUAGUAUCUCCACGGACUACAGAGACGAAGAAAUCAGCUGAGCCAAAUUUAGUAUCUCCACGGACUACAGAGACGAAGAAAUCAGCUGAGCCAAAUUUAGUAUCUCCACGGACUACAGAGACGAAGAAAUCAGCUGAGCCAAAUUUAGUAUCUCCACGGACUACAGAGACGAAGAAAUCAGCUGAGCCAAAUUUAGUAUCUCCACGGACUACAGAGACGAAGAAAUCAGCUGAGCCAAAUUUAGUAUCUCCACGGACUACAGAGACGAAGAAAUCAGCUGAGCCAAAUUUAGUAUCUCCACGGACUACAGAGACGAAGAAAUCAGCUGAGCCAAAUUUAGUAUCUCCACGGACUACAGAGACGAAGAAAUCAGCUGAGCCAAAUUUAGUAUCUCCACGGACUACAGAGACGAAGAAAUCAGCUGAGCCAAAUUUAGUAUCUCCACGGACUACAGAGACGAAGAAAUCAGCUGAGCCAAAUUUAGUAUCUCCACGGACUACAGAGACGAAGAAAUCAGCUGAGCCAAAUUUAGUAUCUCCACGGACUACAGAGACGAAGAAAUCAGCUGAGCCAAAUUUAGUAUCUCCACGGACUACAGAGACGAAGAAAUCAGCUGAGCAAAAUGUGGUAUCUCCUCCGAUUUCAGAGAAGAAAAAUUUAUCUUAUGAUCAGAAACCGACUAGUUCUGAGACUCAAGAAAAGAAAAAUGAAUCAGUUGAUCAGAAACUAAUCAGUUCAGAGGCUCAUGAGAAGAAACAUUCAUCUGAUGAUCAGAAAUUACGACGUUCAAAGACUUUAGAUCGGAAAAAGUCAUUAGCUGCCAAUGACAAACCACUUCAUGGCGAGGAGAUGCAAAGGAAAAGUUUGAGAACCAGGAGAAUAAACCAAAAGUUAUUCAACAUUGUAGAUAAGAAAGUUCCUGAUUCUAAUCAAAUUUCAAUGUCAUCCGAGAAUCACGAGAAAACUGCAUCCAAGUCCAUCAACCAAAAGACAGCAGUCAAGAAAGAUUCAUCGCGUAACAAAGUGCAGGACACAAAGACUAGCACUAUACCAGAGAAACUGAUCGACGACUCACCAAGAUCUUCACCAGCUAGAGUUAAUAGAAUACAUUCAUCGCCAAUGUCUUCUCCAACACGAUCCCCAAAGACAUAUUCAAGAUCACCAGCAAUCGUCUCAAAGGGAUACGAAUAUCAAUCCCCAAGUUCAUCACCAUUAAAUCCAUGUUCGCGAUGUUCACGAGUAAACCGAGAGUGCCAAACUUCAGGUAUGAGCCCACAUAUACAGAGGAAAGCUCAUACCUCUCAUUCAGAGAUAGCUUAGCUCUUCAUCUGUCUUCCAAUGCAUGCUUGUACAGUCAAACCUCUCUAUAACAACAUCAUUUUUGUCCCGAUAGUUUUUUGGUUGUUGUUGCAAAAUGCUGUUAUAGGGAACAUAUAAUAUAACUCAAGCAAAAAAGUCGAUUCCAUAGAAAACAUGAUUGUUAUAAAGAGGUCUAACUGUACAACAAUAUUUGCACUUUGGAUCAACGGGGCCUGUUGAAAGAGCACCCGAUAAGACAUGUAGUCCCAGGUUAGAGCUAGAAAAGCUCCCCGGGUUUUCAUGGGGACCUUUGUAACA